GCAGCCUCCCGGGCCAACUCUCGCGAGGCUUAUUCCCGCGCGCCUCCUCCGUCUUCCUCCCGUUCCUUCCUCCUCCCCAUCCAAGAUGGCGGCGCCGGGCGCGCAGGCGGCGAUGGAGCUGCUGGGGCGGAUCUCGCGGCUGGACCAGCCCUUCGAGGAGCUGCGGGCCCUGCGGGUGGCCCUGCAGGCCUUGCCGCCCGCCGCCCUCCGGGAGCAGGGGCCCAACUUCCCCCUGGCGGGGCUCUUCGCCCUCAUGGCUCGUGGGGACAGUAACGAGCAGAUCUCCUUAUGCGUUUCGAUCCUGGAGCGGUUCCUCCAAGUCAUGGAUCCCUUGUACAUCAUCCAAAACUUUGGCGAAGAGCUUCAGAAAGGCUUGUUCCAUCCAGACGACUCGGUCAAAAUUCUAACUAUAUCCCAGGUCGGAAGGAUAGUUGAAGACUCGGACGCUGUUAGAGAAAUCCUCAACACUCCUGAGUUGCUGAGGCAGGUCAUUUACUGCAUUGCGGCAGAGAAAAUAGCAGUCGCAAAAGAGGCUAUCAAGUCGCUGUCGAGGGUGGCCGAAACCCCCGAGGGUCUGGAAGCGUUGCUGGCUGGCAACUUGUUGGUUGACUUGAAAAACAUCAUGGCCAAGAGUGACAUCAUCCGCUACCGAGUAUAUGAGCUAGUGAUCGAUAUUUCCUCGGUGUCGGUGGAUUCCCUGAACUACUGCGUGAACAGCGGCUUGAUCACGGAGCUAAUCGGGGAGUUGACGGGGAAUGACGUGCUUCUCCGGGCGACCUGUGUGGAGAUGGUGACGUCUCUCGCCCACAGUCAUCACGGACGCCAGUACCUAGCCCAGCAAGGCAUCAUCGACCAGAUUUCCAAUAUAAUCAUCGGGGCCGACUCGGAUCCUUUCUCAGACUUCUAUUUGCCAGGUUUUGUGAAGUUCUUCGGCAACCUGGCGAUAGUGGACAGCCCCCAGCAGAUCUGCGAGCGCUACCCUGCCUUCGUGGAGAAAGUCUUUGGCAUGGCCGAAGGCCACGACCCCACCCUGUUUGGCGUGGCGGUGGACACCCUAGCGAUCUUGGGGUCGAACGUGGAGGGGAAGCUGGUGCUGCAGAAGAUGGGGAGCAGAUUCCAGCGUGUGCUCAACCGAAUAGGACAUCAAGCCAAGAACGCCCCCACGGAGCUGAGAGUCCGGUGCCUGGAUGCCAUUUCGUCUCUCCUCUAUCUGCCGCCCGACCAGCAGACAGAAGACCUCCUGGGAAUGACAGAAUCCUGGUUCUCCCACCUCUCCAGCCAGCCCUUGGAGCUGUUCCGGAGCAUCAGUACCCAGCCGUUCCCCGACCUUCACUGUGGCGCCCUCAGAGUCUUCACUGCCAUUGCUAACCAACCCUGGGCCCAGAAGAUGAUGGUGGUGAGCCCGGGCUUUGUGGAAUACGUCGUGGACCGAUCGGUGGAGCCCGACAAGGCUUCCAAGGAGGCCAAAUACGAACUCGUGAAGGCCCUCGCCAACUCCAAGACCAUUGCGGCCAUCUUUGGGAACCAGCAUUACCUAAGGCUCCGGGCCUACCUGCGCGAGGGGCCGUAUUACGUGAAGGCGGUCUCGACCACGGCUGUGGAAGGAGCCGAGUAACCGUGAGAGUGCGAUUCCUGUCUGGGAGCUCCAGGAGGGGCAGAUGGAUGUCUCCGGGGUUAUGAAGAUCCGAAGCGGUGGGUGUGGAGUGCAGGGUGGAAACUAAAACCUGAGGAAGCAAGUUUGGCUGGGUGGCUUGUUUACGUUCUGAACUGGCGGCCAAGUGAGUAGAGAUUUUGAGGACCAAAUCAGUUCAGUAUGCCUGGACGCCCCGAGGCAACGUAAGGAAACCGAUUCGGCUCAUUGUUGACUCGGGGGUCCCGAGUUUGUGUAUGCAGAUCAUGGCGAUCUUUAAAUGGCUAGUUCACUUCCUCCCCCCCCCCCAGUUCAAUGUGAGAGCCUGGUUUGAUUAACCAAAAUAAAACCGGAGGGAGUGGGGAGGCAUCUCCCUCUAUCUCCUACACCAAGGCUGCUCAACUUUGGCCCUCUUGCAGAUGUGGGCCUACAACUCCCAUAAUCCCUGGCUAUUGGCCACUGUGGCUGGGGAUUAUGGGAGUUGUAGUCCAAAAGCAGCUGGCGGGGGGGGGGGCGGUCUAAGUUGAGCAGGCCUGUCCUACACAUUCAAGAGCAGAAGGCUGUGCAGAAGGCUGUAUGUGUAGGGAGUAUUUUUCUCUUCCCUCCCCCUCCAUGCGAGCAGGACCAUCUCAGACUCCUUUUGCAAGGAGGAGAGAAAGAGAGGGUACAUCUUUUUCCAAGGCACUCCCCAAUAUUACAUCAGGACAUCCUUCGUGAGCUAGAAUUGCAGGUUUUCGUGCAGGGUUGUACGCCGUUGCAUUUCACUAUUGGUAACCGAGACCGUGGCAAUUGUAGAUAUCGCAGGGGAUAUCUCAGGGCUGUUCUUGGACAAGAACUCCCAUCACCCCCCGCCACAGUGGCCAAUGGGGAUGAUGGGAGUUGUAGUCCCAACAGCUGCAGGGCCAAAGUUGGGCAGCCCUCCCGUCCCGUAAACCGUGGUUUCUCCGCUGUGGAGAAGCCUCAAAUUGCUUUAUGUGGAAACAAGAAUGAGAGUAGAAAACGUCCGCGGCUUCUUGUUACGGCCCAUUCUGCUGGCUCAUCUUCUCCUGGGAUGGUCAGUCAAGGCUAAAUGCUUCGGGUUUCGGCCUCUCCUCCUACCUUGAGUGUUAAGCCAUGCCUAGAUAUGUGGGUGUAUUUGUGGGAUCCCACGUGUUUGCAAACCGUAUUCUCCCACUCAAUGUAUGUCUGUUUUUUAGAUGUGCCCCUGAAAAUUAAAAAAUAAACAAAUCAUGUAUGAAUGGGCCAUUGGAAACCAAAUAAAAGUUCCAAAAUAUGCUUAACGCAA